AUGCCUGUAAGGAGUUCACUUGGUUGGUCGGAGGAUAAGGAGUACGCGGUGCGAGAGCCAGCAGCAGGAGCAGCAGCAGAAGCAGCAGCAGCAGCAGCAGGAGUAGGUAGGAAUGAAGCGGCGAUGCAUGAGCUUGGAGAAGCUGCAGCGCGCUUCUCUGCAGCAGCACCUGCUUUGCCUGCAGAAGGGGAGCUAUGUCUUCGCGGGCUAGAGUAUUUGUGUGUACCGGACCUGAGUAGACAAUCAGGAUCUCUCUUAGAUACAAUAACACUGGGUGAAGUAGCGAGUACAUCAGACGACAGUCUUGUGCAUUUAAAGAAUGUGCCUAUAAUGUUAAAGCGAUUUGUUCAUGUAUCUCAAAAGGCUGUGGUGUUUGAAGGGGCCCCAAUGAGGCCCCCAUUCAGUGCGCUGCAUGAGGGGUCCCUGCACCUACGGGUUGGCUGGGGGGCCCCCCCCAAGUCUUUGGGGGCCCACCAGGGGGCUUGGGGGCCUUUAAAGAAACAUAAACAUAGCUUCAACUCUUUGCAUUCCCUGCUUACUGUUGCUGCUGCAGCGGGGCAGCACAUUCAGAGGCCGUUAAUGCUGAUGCAGCGGCUGCAGCAGACACACGCGCUGCACGGGAGUGCUUCCGCAUCAGCAGCAGCAGCAGCAGCAGCAGCAGCAACAAGCUCAGCGCUGCUUCUGCCUCUGUUUUCCGUUCAAAUGUCUUCUUUUCAAAUGCCUUUUGCCUGGGCUGGCUCCUUUAUCCUCUCGCCUCAGGCAACAAUCACGUUCCCGUAUGCAUGCAGUCUAAAGGACCUGCUCAGCAGCUCCAACCCCACACCCGAUCCCGUCGCCGAUCUCGAUCCCAACGAUGCCGAUCCCGAUCCCACCGACCCCGCUCCCCACACGAUCUCUGGACCAAGAAGCCUUUCUUCUGAACUUAAACAAAUAAAAUCAGCAGCAGCACUUCCGUUUGCUGCAGCAGCAGCAGGACCCUCACGGGCUGCAAUUGAUGCACCUCCUUUAUCCCCAGCGCGAGCGCAUGCAGCAGCAGGCUCUGCCCCUGCUGCAGAUGCACAUACACCGCAGUUUCUAAGCAGUGGUGCAAGACAGCAGGCAGCAAUGCGGGUUUUGCGUGCAUUCAGUGUGCUGCAUGCAGCUGGUGUCUCCUUUGGGGCUGUCUCCCUGGAUUCAGUUGUGGUGUCUCCGCAGGGUCAGGUGUAUCUAGCAGAUUUAGAAAUGACGGAAGCACAAGGAUAUUUAAAACCUUGUGCAGAUAUUGCAGCUCUUAGAGCAUCACCUUUCUCUACUUUGGGGGCUUCAGAAGCCCGGCCUCUUGGUGCUCCAGCACCUCCUGCAGGAGCAGGAGCAGAUGCUGCUGCUGCUGCUGCUGCUGCAGUGAAUGCACCCGAGGAAGCAGCACCUCUUUGUGCUCUGAAAGAAGAAGAUGUUGUCAUGCAGAUAAAGAAUGACGGUGUUAAACUCGGCGUUUUAUUAUAUCAGAUUCUUUCUAACGGGAAUAACCCAUUUGGAGUGCAGAGCCUACUGGCCCCAGCAGAAGUAUUAAAAACACUGCAGCAGCAGCAAAUGCAGCAGCAGCAGCAGCAAAUGCAGCAGCAAAUGCAGCAGCAAAUGCAGCAGCUGCAGAAGCAACAGAUAGAGGAGCAAGCACUAGCCGGGCAGCAGCAACUAGAAGAGCAACUCCCACAGCUGCAGGUGGCGCAGAUGCAGCAAGACAAUGAGGAACAGCAGCAGCAGCAAGUGUUGCAGCAGCAGCAGCAGCAGCAAAUGCUACAGGAGGAUUUAUGCCAAUUUGCAGGGGUGUCUCCUCUCUCUAUAACAGAAGAAUUAAGGCAGCAGGGCGCUAAAGAAAAUAUGAUUAAGUGUCUCCUUUCGCUGUGGGGUUGUGGAGGCCCUCGUCUUGCUGUUCCUGAUGCAGCAGCUCUCUACUUCCCCGAGUUGCAAGCGGAAGAAGGGGUUUAG